AUGUCUGCUGAAGGCCACGGAUAUAAUGUAGAAGAAUUAUUUAAGAAUCUUUCGGAGAAAGAGUGCAUAUCAGUUAUGGUUGCAAUCGCAGUGAAUAUGUUAGAAGGUACAGGCUACUGUUACUUUAGUACAAUAAAAGAUUUCCAAGACGCAAUGAAUAGUGGACAUAUGGGUAUUCCAGUACCUUUUGUUGAUCCUUUUUAUGAAUUCCUGACUGAUGCUAUCAAAAAUCAAAAUGGACCAGAGUUCAAACAAAUCAUAUAA